AUGUGGAAUGAUUCAAACUGUGGAAAUGCCUCUGAAAUAUAUCUUUUAACCUUGGUUAAGUCAGCAACGAAAAACUUUAUAAAAAGGCAAGCUAUUCGCCAGACAUGGGGCCGCGAAAGUAACUCAGUAAAUCGAAAAAUAUUUUUUCUCUUGGGAUAUAACGGAGAAACACAAGAUCGGCUGGUUUACGAAACACGGCAAUAUAAAGACAUCAUUCAGGGUAGCUUCAUUGAUCGCCACUGGAACAACCCGUUAAAAAUGGAGAUGGCGUUUGGUUGGAUCAGUGAAUACUGUAGCAAUGCGAAGUAUUCUCUUUUCAUUGAUGACGAUAUGUAUGUAAACAUCCCUAAUGCUUUAAAGUACUUAUAUUCUGUGGAGGAGGAGCAAAUCGAGAAUCUUUAUGGUGGAUAUUUGUUUGAACGACCUGUUCCAGUGCGCUUCUACCCCUUUAAACAUUAUGUUUCAAAACAGGAGUAUCCGUUUCAUUGCUAUCCUCCUUUCGUUGCGGGAUGCACUAUAUUCUUCAGCAAUGAUGUCAUUCAGAAAAUCAAGAAAGUUAUGCCAUUUAUCCCUCGGUUUCGUGCUGAUGAUAAAUACAUAGGUAUGAUUACGCAAAAACUUGGAAUAACCGCAACAAAACUCAAUGACCUUAUCGGAAUGAGACAUAUUGGACCAAAAGGGAGGUGGUUUCCAUGUUUGAUUUCUGAUCAUGGAUAUACCACUCUGGAGAUGUUUCAGUCUGCAUUUGAAGCGUCUUAUUCAUACUGUGACCCAGUUGAGGUCUUACAAAACUGGAUUUUUUGAAUUACUCUAUCAAAGAGAUAGCCUAUUAAAAACCAAUAAUCUUAUUGCA